AUGGCCAGGACGUACAAGAAGACCUCUGGGCCUCCCGGGAAGAAAGGGGUUGGUUGGGGGAGUGUUGUUGACUUCGAGGCUUUGCAGUCUGGUGGACAGAAGAUCUCUGGAACAACGUUACUCAUUGCCGUUGAUCGCAAACCUCGAUCGGAGUACAUCGAUCUUGAGAAAAUGGGAGACUUGAGCCAUUGA